AUGCCAAUUGGUAGCAGCAUGUCCGCGAAGAAGUCCAGUAAAUCGAGCAUUAAUUCCGAUGAGCGAGGUAUGAGCCAGUUAACUAAUAUAACUUUGCUAGGAAACGCAGUUUUUGCACGAAACUUCAGUCACCAAUGUGAAGAAAAUGGUCUUUCUUCAAUACCGGUCCUAAAAUUCAAGCAAAUAAUUUUGCCUGAGAAGACUCCGCGGGUAAGCUAAAUUUAGCACUAGUCAAUGCCGAUCCUCUGUUUGCGUCUAUUCACGUUUAAUUCAUGUAAAAGUUAACUAAGAUACUGGGUGACGUUUUAUGAACUUCACACCUUCCCAACUGUUUAAAGAUCUGAAGUAAAGUAUGAUGCUUCAAUUUUCUGUCACGAAGGUUUAUUUUUCAUUUAACAAUUGUAGAAAAACAACAAAAAAGAGUCGACACGAAAAACUGCAACGUCUAUACAGCCAGGUACCGUGGACUCGGAUGAUUCUUCAGGUACAUCAGAAGGUUGACGAAUUUCGCAGUAGCAUGUGAUUUUUAAUAAAAAAUUUUGUGCAAAACUGUUCGAGAGCCUCUGCAAAAUGCAUGUACUUACGAAAUCUUCUCCAAAACGAGGGGCUAAUUCAGUAAAUGAAAACCAUUGUGGUUGGUACACUAAGUAACUAGCAGUUGUUUUUUAUGUUAAAAACUACUGAAAUGCGUAAUUGGCGCAACUGAGAAACUUGUUUGAGCACAUAUUUUAACCUUCUAUCUCUCGAAUUUCAGCCGAAUGUGUUACCACUUGGAGUAUCGAGAAGACAACUGCUGGAUUUGUGAAAUUCAGUAGUUCUUUUUUCGGCACCAAGUGGAUUUAGUGUUUUCAGCACUCGACAAAACCACAGAAUACGUACUGCUUAAUGGACAAAGAAAAUGAAUUUAGAGUUAGGCAACCUACAUACUGAUUGAAUAAAAGCACCAAAGUUAUAACUGUCAAAAGCAUUUAAAAAACCUAAGUUGUCUUUUGUCGUAAAUGCCUUGCUUUAAUGACAUCUCAGAUCCGAAAACGUUCAAAAUUGUGGACAAUCUGCAUUUUCAACAACCAUGUGUUGAAUUAUGGCAAAAAACGCAGGGAAGCCCAGAUACGGUGCAAGAAAUACGGAUAAGGGGUUUGUUGUUUGCUUCGGGCUCAUACGAUUUUUUUGCAGGAUGGAAAUGCGAUGAAGAUAUCUACACUCAACUGAAGCCGUUGUUCCUCAAUUUCAAGGGUUUGCACACACUUAUGUACGUUUCAAUACUUCAACUGCUAACGGGUAGAGAGAAGUUUAGAUGACUGAAUCUUUAUGAGUAAAGGUUAGGUCUAUAAAAAUAGCAAAAGGACAAUGAAUUUCAGGAUGUAGCACAAACCUGUUCUCUUAUUUUGCAGUGACCCCUUGCUAUGACACACUCCAACUUAAAAGGCUUCACUCUAUCGUAGGUUUUAUAUGCCCAACUAGUUUUGUGGAAUAUCACCUUAUAUAUAAUAGAAUAUAAAGGCUUAUGUCGUGUAACAAUCUAAAAGAUGUUGACAAAUAUGUGGAAGGGUUUAUAAAGGCUUAAAUGUACAAAAAUAAUCAUGAAAAUACAUGUAGUUCUUACUUCGAUGGGGGAUCACUGUGCACAUUGAAUUUUACGAGUAGGAGGAAUAUUUCCGGUAUAUGGGGGAAUACGACAAAGUGUCCCACUUUUAUACCUGCAUGUUAGGAAGGAAAACGGGGGAUAUGGUAGUUGGCAGAGUAAUUUGAUCAUUCAAAUUAGAUUUUUCUUGUGAACUGUAAAAGGACACAUUUUUUCAGCUCUUGAGCGCAUGAAUCAUUUCGCGUAAUACCCGCUUUUCUUUGGGAAAACGUUUUUGACAAAAUGCUUUGAGAAAGGGAACAACAACUUACUGCUUCUUUGUAAAAAUGCAGAUUUUGGAAUGCUGGACUAACGUCGCAGAUGAUAAUUAAUAUUGGCUUCUUCGUCGCAGAAUCGAAAAAGUUGAGGCAAGUUAAAAAAUAUUGCACUCAUUAAUAUCAACUGUUGACCGAAGCAAAAACUUGGACGUCAUAUGCUGCAAUAUCUUAGCCUGCCAAGGCGUUAAAGUAGCUUUUAUAUUCCGUAAACCAGAAUCUUGUCGUAGUACGCAACCGCUCAUCUACUUAUAUGAGAUAAGUGGGGGAGAAACAUUCAAGGGGUAUGCGUGUAUGUAAUCCAAAAUCGAGGGUUUCUUUUCGAAAAGAAUUUCUUCAUUAACCCAAUUCUUGGUAUAAUUACAAUGGCAAUGAGGAGAGUUAUUCUAAAAAUCCAUGUUUUUCAAAAAGAUAUUUAAAAAAAACAAGGCGCGAUAAAGCUACUUAUGCUCACCACCUCGUCUUCUAAAGACAUAAAUAUCUCAGAUAAUUUGCGGACAAACAAACAAUACAGAUUCUUAUUAGGAAUUAUGGCUGCUUGUCAGAAUUAAGUCCAUGAGGUUCUCUAUACUUUUCCGAUACUUUCAUCAGUAAUUCUCUCAGUCCCGGGUUUUCCUAGUUCUCCCAAUACGAAAUUUAUAUUCAACAAGGUUCCCAAUGUAAAUUAUAUCUAAAUUGACCAGGAUUCUCUGUAUUGAUAAAUUCGUAGAGACUGAGGAGCUCAGUCCACGAAACUGGACAAGAAAAAAGUAGAAGCGCUUGUGACAAAAUGCAGUUCUUCUCAGUUUUGGUUGUCUAGUGUAUAGAAAUCCGCCAAUACUCUCAAUGAGGUGAGAAAGAACAUGCUAAAGUAUAUUAAUGUUACUCAUAGCGGCUGAAUUAUGCCUCUCAGAUGUUAUGGAAAUAAAUCGAUUUCGUUCUGAACAACUUUCUGCAUUAUAACUUGACAUAACAGCUCAAUCACUACAUCAUUAAAUUCUGUAUUACAAAGGUACACGUCAAGGGACAGAGUUAAAAUCACAGGAUUUUAUUGCUCGUACUAUUUCGACUCAAGGAACAUAAAUCCAACAUUUUCAACUGACUUCACGAUGCGUUGUCUGAUUGCAUGGUUUAGCCAAAAGUGCUUUGUGUGAAUCAGUUUCCCAAAUGGUUGACAGGAAGAGGGUCCGGUCGUAUUUGCACAUCAAGGCUGCAAUUAUGACUAAUACUGAUGGUCGACAUACAUCUCUUUUCCUUCAAGAUAGUUGAAAGCAAUGCGAUGUUAAAAAAUAAGCCGACGGUCACUCGAGACCAAAAAACCAACAUAAGAAAGGAAAUUAAAGAAAUGACAAGAGAUGGUUUGCAGUGUAUUGUUAUAAGCCCUGCAAAAUAUAGGGCGCAUCCACUAUAAUCCUUCUACUGCUGAGAAUACUUUUUAAAAAGGUGACGAACCAUCUCGAAGUCAAUAAUGUUACAAAUUUCUCGGCAUCUUAUUCUGCUGUUAAUGGCCAUUGCAUAGUUUAAAGUUAGCGCUUCAAUAAGAAAGCAGUCUGGGGCUGCAAAAUGAGCCGGACACUUAAACAGCAGGUGGUGUUGAUCAGGCAUCCUCUUAGGUUCAAUCGUUCACCGCGGACGUUAGAUGACAUCAAGGUCACUGGUAUCGGUCCCGGGCAGCAGCCCUCUGCCGUAUCGAUCUUCCAGCCUUUAUCGAACAUCAGUUAACUUCGCCUGAGCAGAAGUCUGCCGUCUCAGUCAGCGAGUAUCUGGGGGCAGAUUUCUACGGUACCUGCAGUCGGUGCAGCGUACCAGACUGACUCCAUGAUUUAAAGGUAUUCACUCAGAAUAAACUGUCCAUUCCGCGAUAUUAACCGUCGAGGGUGAUCAGUCUGGCUUGAAGAAGGAGACACGAUCGCUGGGAAAAGAGCUUUAUUAGCCUGACGUUUCGGAUUCCUGCUCGAAACCAUCAUCAGAGACAAAACAGAUACUGUCUGGCUUGUCGCUAUUAAACGCAAAGCCAAUUUUCCAGAGGAACUUAAAGGAGAAGUCUGUGUAUAACAAGUUGCAUAAUAUCUCUCGGUGCAACCGGGAACAGAUUAAUGGGCUGUGGGUUUCUAGAAUGUUGGUUCUCCGGCCAAUAAUUAAAAAAAUGUUUCAGAAACGUUCACGCAGUUCGUCGACGGUUGAAAUGUUUCAGCGUCAAAAUCGGUAGGUGAAGCAGAUAGUGGUCCCAAGAGCAAUUAGUGACCGAUCUCAUGAAAUUUUAACCGAAAUCUUACAAUGCAUCUUCAGUUAGGAAGGAUUACUUGAGUAGGCUUCCAACACUGACUAUCGUGCAGCCUGAACCAUUGGUAUUUGAGACAAGCCAGGAUUCUGGCCUUUGAAUGAACUUAUCCUUGGUCGCCCGAAGACUAUGCACUUAGAUAAAAUGACUACUUAACUGGUACGUUGCUAUCUGUUAAUUUUUGACACUCGCAAUAAAUUCGCCUGUUUCAUAGAAAACAUACUCACAAUGGCUUUUCUUACACUCGUUUGAUAGUAAAUCAAUUCAUUUUUAAAUUUCAUACUGAAGAAAUGGGUAUAUUAAAGUUUCAAAGAAGUUUAUAACUAUGUGAUUUUUAAGGUUUCUCCCUGUCCAUUCAAUAAGCAUCGUAUCUGCCUGUUAACUUAUGCUCCCCAUAAAGUGUACAGUCUAGCCCAAAUUCAUAGCAAAUCGCAUGGAGCAUAUAUGGUAUUUUCAGAACAGUACAGAGGAGUGCACAAUUCUCCUUACACGGAAGACAUACAUCUUGUACACUUAAAAACCUAAACGUAAAGUUAACGGAAGGCCGGGCUCAAAAGUACUCUGGAAUUAUAAGACUUUAAAACCUUCAUGUACUCCUCUUUUGAAUAUCGAAUUUAAGGACAUAGUAAUUUGGGUGCUAUCAAUUGGGUGCAGAAAAGAAUACUUUUGCCCAUGUUUACUAUAAAUGUAUGGGAGCUUAUAAGUGCAUGGGAAAUCAGUAGAAAAAAUCACACUGAUUAAGUAGCCACUUUAACCAAGUCUUUUUUGCAGGCGAUUGAAGAGAAGUUCAUUCAAAAGUCGGCAUAAUGGAAUAACAGAUAUCCUGGGAUUACGCUGCACGAUAAUCAAUGUUAAAACCCCAUUUAAGUAAUCCUUCCUAAUCGAAGACAGAUUUCAGAACUUCGAUUAACAUUUCACGAGAUCGGUCGCUGACUGUAUGUCGGUGUAAACAAAAAAAGCAAAAAAAUAAAGAAUGCUGCUUGAAUAAAAUGUAAAGCUCGCGCUUGUCAACAUCAAGGAUCGUGGACUGCACAGCAAAACGCAUUUGCCAGACUUCGGUGUAGCACUAGCUAGGGCAACUUCCUUUAUUCAGACGUGUUCUCUAAAAAUAAAAAAAGUUAUAGUACUGAUUUGUUUGUGUGGAUCACGUUUUUUUAGGAUUCUAAAAGUGGAGGCUAAUAACUUGAUCGAACCGGAGACCUAUCACGAACUUAUUCCACCUGAGAACAGGUAAGCAGCUUUGUCCGCAUUAUUGACGGUAAUCAAAGAUAGCAGAAAUUCUCUUGCUCAAAAACACGUAAAAAACAAAAUUUUGCAGUUGACCGUUGUGUCUUUAGAAUGAUAACCAUAUUUUUAAUGUCUCGAUGAGGCACUUUUUCCCAGAGAAACUGUGAACUUUUUUAAUAAACUCAUUUAAUGAUGCAUUUUAAUAUUUUUGAAAUUCAGCAGAGCAAUCCCGCGCAGUUAGUUGCUGUGAGCGGCCUUUGUUUUACACGAAGAUACAGGGAAUCGUAAGCCUGAACUACAAAACAUGAGAAGAUAUAAGCCAAACAUCUAAAUCAUUUUGGACCGACUAUGUGAGCCAUGUUUCAUGUUCAGUGUCCUAGAAAGAAAGUCCCAAGGAAGACUGAGUAAGAUGACUGGCGAAAAAAUGUUUAUGACCUUGAAAAGUACAUAUUGUUGCCGAUGAACGUCAUCGGAUCCUGGGGACGAAGUUCAACCCGCGGCGUUCGGUACAAGGAGUCAGUCAUAGAUUUAACUGGUUACGCGGACCAUGUUCUGAAUACGAAUUCCGGCUAGAUCGCAGUUGGUAGCCAGGCCCCGUAUUAGAGGUGGAGGGGGGUUGUUUACUGGGGCUAUUUUGUGGGACUCCAUAAUCACAUCUGGCCCAUUGGACUUCCGUUUUACGUUUGAGGUUAGGAUUAGGGUACCGGUUAAUGAUUCCCGAUUUUCGGGUUAGGGUAAUGCCUUCAGGCGGUCCAACUGCGAUCUGGCCCGAACCAAAUUUCUACAUACACAGAAAAACAAUUAAUCUGCACUUUUGAAGCCGUUAAAUCUAAGAUCGUCGCUCUCCUCAUGCCAUCAUUCGCAUGUCUCCCUUGUAGUAGUCUCGUUCAUCUGAGCCUGCGGUUUACCAAACUGAGUGCCGAGGGCAUUCACGAAGUCGCUAUACGUUUGGGCAACAGAACCAAGUGGAACAACUCUAUUGUUUCUCUCGACCUCACAGGAUGUGGGCUUACAGACCUUGGAAUGUGCUACCUUGCUGAGGUACGUCGAAAUAUUAGGCGUAGUUGCAGUAGUCGAAUUCAUAUCUGGUUUGCGAUACAGGCCAAAUUUGCUAAUGUAAUACAAUUUAAAUAAUGAAUCAAACGAUACGGACAAGUAGAUAAUUAUGCUGUAAUACAAUUAUGCACAUAAGAUACGUUUCAUAUACACACAAGUGUAAUAAACUAUGCAUUGAUAUGUGGGAUUUAAUACAAUACAUAUUAAAAAGUCAGUUUGUAAACAGGUGUUUUCGGUAAUCCAUCGACAGGCCAAUACAAUGACUUGGAGAAUAAACUUGUGAGUUAUAGACAGGAUUUAAAUAUGUCCCAGGGUCAGGGUUAGACAAACUCCUUGUUUCCACGCCGCCUGCAUGACGGCGUCAGCAUGUUAAGAACGGUGGAGCUGGGGUGGGGGGACAAGGGGAGGGGUUCGGGUUAGGUUGUGAUCGUUGUCUCUAUGUCAAACACGCGGAGUGUGUGUGUGUGUGUGUGUGUGUGUGUGUGUGUGUGUGUGUGUGACCGUUCUCAGGACUUCGGGGCGGCGUGCAAUCACCACCUAGAGUCGGCCAACAAAGAUAGACUGCCUAUGUCAACGUCUUCCGACAACAGAGUGCUGGAUUCCCUAAUUGAAUGGCCACCGCCUCAGCUAUUGCUAGAAUCCGUUUGCGUCGGCUUUAGGGUAGUGUGCUGACGCCCGGUAGAUAACUUCAAAGGCUUAUCUGACGUUGUGUUAGUGGUUCUUAUCGGCUAUAUGUGCAAGAAUUGAACUUCAAAUCGACCUAUUUUGCCCUUUAUCUAGCCAGGCAGACAUGUGUUCGCGUACCCUCUUUUCUAGACGCCUCGUUGUACGGUCAAUAAUUCCUGUUCCACAGGAGCAGGUGGGUGAAUAAAUACCUAUCGAUGUGGCCUACAGAAGCAGACGGUCUUUGUCCCCCAACCGUAUGUAGUAUGGGAGAGAUUGCGAAGAAUAUGCGCAAGUUCGCCGGGGGAAGGAACUCAUGUUAGCCGUUCUUAGACGUCGUCCUACUAUACAGAUACAUCAAUAGAUAUGGCGUCUUCUUCGAAAUACUGCACUGGACCUAUGGCACUCAUAGUUUAGGAUAUUAGCAGUGUAUUUGUACAAGGUGCCCCAAAACGGACCACGAGGUAGAUGCGCUGAACCAACGCGGGGGCCACUUUGGGAUCUGGCGAGCGCUAUUGGAAAUACACACCCACUAUAAAUACCAACAUUCGGGGUGCGGUGGCAGGCCCAGUUGUCGGCUCACGUCGAGCACAUUAGGAUCUCUGCCGCCGCCUUGUUGUUGUUGUCAGUUAAAAUCCCGGUUAAAUAUUUGUUGUGGACCAGAGGGCGUGGCGGUACACUUAGGUGAGGGUCUGUCCGCGCCAACCACCUGCGCAGUCUCCUGCCUCGGGUCUUCUUGAUUAUGUGCUGACACCGGGCCCAGGUUGGGAGAGAGGACGGUGUGCGGUAGAUGCUACGCAAGUUUGACACCACUAAAAACUAAUUCGCGCACAAGCCACCGUGCCUGCUCUCACGGUGGACACCUUCGAUCACGACGGUCGAGCAGUCGUACGUGUACAAACAGUGGUGAUGGGAAAUCUCCCAUGAGUAUGGAAAAAAUCAAUAAAUGUUAGCUCACUAAUCUCCUUUUAAAUUUUUCAGUGGGAAAUUUCGCAAAUCCAAAAUUUUAGUCCAUUAGCCCAGGGAAAUGAUUGCAGGGGUAGGAGGAUGCUGGAUUUACAAAUUUUAAAAUAGCUGCGUGACCCUACUACUGCGUUCUUCGUCCUGCGGACAUACGACAGCUGACAGAGAUCAAGGUAGGCAUGAUGUCGGGGGGCAAAUAAAACUAGAACACACGCGAGAACUCAUUCAGCCGCAGCCACUUACAUUUUCCAUUAAUAGAGUAGGUUCGUAAAACUAGUCAGCCUGCAACACAAUUUUAUAGUAUUUCAGAUACCUCAAAAUGCCGGCUUUCAAGUGAUCUUCCUUCCGACUGCAUACAGAAACUAUAUUCUGUAAAAAAUCACUACUUAAGUAGCAUGAAUUUUCUCAUUGGUUUUCGAUGCCCUUAAAAAUUCAAUUAUCUUCCAUGGAGAACAUGCAUAAAAAUAUUCAUUCUUUUGCUCAUUAGGUAGAGCAUUACGUCUUCUUCCAAUCUUAUAUUCGAAGGAAGGGUAUAAUUCGGCUUUAUAAAACUUAUCCAAUUCCCGAAUAAUUUUGAACCCGCUCUACCGUUACACUUGGAUUCAGGGUUUGAAAACUACAAGCCGCACACUUUCCGCGUACGGAAAACCACACAUUUCUCUAUUGUAGUAAAGGGGGACCAUACAGUUUCAUAAAGUUUAACAGUGGAUUUGAUCCAUAUUGUUAAGUUUACAAGCCACAUUGGUAAAUACAUUUAUGAACGGCCAUUUCACGGUAUUUAAAAGUCCCACAAUUAGAAACUUUUUAAAAAUCGAAUUAUGCGCCUCCUUCGAGUAAAAAAUUAGAAGAAGACGUAAUCUUCGAUCGAAUGAGCAAAACAGUGAAUAUUUUUAUGCAUGAUUUUCAUGAAAUAUAACUGAAUUUCUGAGGGCAUCGAAAAUGAAUAAGAAAAAUGCAUGAUACUUAAGUAGUCAUUUUUCACGGAGUGUAGUUUUUGCAUGCAGCCGAAAAGGAGUUCAUUCAAAAGCCAACAUCCUGAGGUAACUGAAAUAUUAUAGAAUUAUGUUGCAGACUGGCUAGUUUUACAACCCUGCUUAAUUAACCUCUUCGAAACGAACACGCAUUUCGGAAUUUCGGUUGACAUUUCAUGAGUUGGCCCACCAACUGUAGUUCCACUGAACAGAGAAUAAUCACAAUGUUCUCCAGAAAGGGAUCACGAGCCGAUAUGGUCGUGGGGAUUUCAAAUAAUCCAUUCUUAAGGAAGCAAUUGUCUUGUAAGGCACUUAUAUCUGAUUUACCUACCGUGUCACAAUUUCCCAUUGCCACUCUCCUUUUCGUGGGAGUACCUCAACAACCAUAUUAAGAAGGAGCUACUACACUCUGACUCUUAGUUCUAAAAUGAAACGAGUUGCCCUAUCAGUUGGCAACACCCCAAAACAAAACUGAUAGCACGUCUGUUUUUAUAGUGAAGAGCGUGCUGAUGGGCUUUAAAGAUAGAUUCUCUAUUAUCGGUCUUAAUCUUUACUUGAUCUCAAGCUCCCAAUCUCACGUAAAUGAGGCGGACAUGUUUGUGCAAACGGUGUUUCGUCAAUCAUACCGACGCUGACAAACUUAAUCGCACAGACCCUGGCGAAGCAUUGAAUGACGUAUUGUUACGAGGGGUCGUGCAUGUGCAUGUGUUAGAUUAUGCUUCUUUGUAGCCUGAUGCUUUUAUACUGCGCAACUACAUUUUCGAGUUGUAGUGUACUAUCGCCAACUAGAGACAGAUAGAGCUGAAGGCUUAAAAAGUGUUCUUAAUAGCCAACUCACUAUUCGUGAGGGCACUUUUACGAUUUCGGCUUUUUUGGUCACUGCCAUUCAAAGUCACAUUGCAAAGGUGCCAUCGGAAAAAGUUCUAAAAUUUAGAAAUUAGUGGAAGUGAAAACCUCGUUGAAUUAUCAUUUUGGCCCAUUUUAUGCACGCUUUGAUUGCCCGUUAUGCUUUCAUUCUUUCCGGGAUAACCAUCAAGUUUGUCAAACAUUCCGCUUAUGACGGACGUGAGGCCUAUUAGGAAUUUUCAUAUUAGUUUUCAUGGAAAUGUGCCAUAGGAUCCUACACAAUUCACAGAAUAAGUGAAAAUAUUUCGAAAUACUAAGCGACAAUCAUUGUUAACUUUUAUUAUUUCUGCGGCGUUUUUUGCUGCUGUACUUUACUAGUUGCUUUAGUAAAUAAUUGCUUACUUAUGAAUCGCAAACUUAGAUUUUCCUCAAAUUUUGAACGUCAUUCGCUUCGCCAGUGAUAUCAGGAGGAAAACGGUUUAUUUAAAGUCGCAGCACUUGUGGGCAAUGUAUGGUGCUGGUAACAGCCGGGGCGGUGACCAUUCGGUUAACGAGUCCAGCGCUUUGUUGUCGUCAGAAGACUAGGAUACAAGUGGUGUCUUCUAUGGCCGACUUCUGGGGGUGAUCGCACGUCGCCCUGAUGACAGUUCGACCGUCGAUUACCACGAUGCCAACUGUGUACUACACAGAUAGGUGCAGCAGACACGGUGACUUGCGCGUGAAUUAGUUUAUGGUGACAGUGGACUUGCGCAGCAUCUACCGCACUCUCUCUUUCCCACUUCCCACUUGGACUCAGUGUCAAGACGGAGUGAAGAAAACCAGAGGGGGAGGAGGGCGCAGGUGGGUAGCACGACCGGACCCGCACCUAGGCGUGCCACCACACCCCCUUGGUUCACAACAAACACUUGGUCAGGAUUUUCCACCAACAGCAACACCCCGACAAUGGUCAGAAGGACGAGGAUGAUAACUGGGCAGCCAUAUCCACCACCUGUAUACCCAGUGGGAGCGUAAGCGCAUCUACCGGCAGGGAACCCAGGUGUCAGGUAAUUGUCAGCGCAUACCAGGCUGCGAGGUCCAUGGUUUGCUAGUACUGGCAUAACACACGCUUUCAAAUCUUUUGACCUAGAAGGGCGACACGUGGUCCUGAAUUUAGUGUGGGCUGUCAUCCUUCAAGUUUGGGUGAUCGAACAGUCGUCAACUGAGAGGCACCACCAAUAAGCACGUCGCCCUUACUCCCUGAUGACAAUCAUGAGUAGUCCGCAAGCAUAGCACAACAGUUGGACAGGCGAUCUCGACGAUGUCCACCGUCUGUUCUACAGCGAGGUGGGAGCAUAGAUGGUGGCUUGCGCCUGAAGUAGUUUAUAGUUAUAGUGGGUUUGCGAAGCACCUACCGCACUUUUUCCCCAUACCUCGCCUGUACUCGCCGUCAAGAUGAAGUCAACAUAACCGAAGGCAUGGCGGGGUGGGGGGCGGGCGCAAGUGACUGGCACGGCCGGACCCACGCCUAGGCGUGCCGCCACACCCCUUGGUCCAGGACGUACGCUAGUUAGGAUUUUAAACGCAAGAAGGGAAGAAGGAAGAUAGUGUUUGGCAUACUGACCACUCAUACCCUACCCCCCCCCCUCGGCAUCCCCUCCCUCAGCCACGAAAACCACUGCACUCCGACUUCAUCACGCGGGAUGCGUGGGAGCGAAUGUAACUACCCCUCCUAAGACAUAAAAACCUGUCCUUGGCUCAUACGUUUACCGUCUAUGUAAUUUCAGUAACCCAAUGAUGAAUUACCGAAAACAUCUGUCUGUCAGUUGACUUUUACAAAGUAAGUUUUGCCCGAAGACUAAUUAAAACCCCAUAAGGGAGGCAAUUUGUGAAAGACGAACGCUUACAUAAAACAAAGAUAAGGCAGUUUUGACACAAUGUGACGUGACCUUUACGUCUACCGACUGAAUUUGUCGUAAUUUCCUUUAUUUCGCGAAUACUGUUAAGAUAAAGGAACAAAGACGAACGAGAAUAGUCAUUCACAGGAAAACGUUUGUUAAAAUGACUCUCGGGCGAUCUCAAAAGAGCUCCCUGUCGUCUAUGUUCGCUGUGCUGACCUGACAUGUGUCUAGCCUCAAGCUAGGAAAGGUUUUAGCUUCACUUUUCACGCUAAAAAUUAUUGUUUUGGUAACCAAUGCGUGACGCUUUUGGAGUAAAAUUUUCAAGGUCAAUUUUGGCUCUCGUAGGCCCUGCGAACAAACCGACGUCUGAAGUUCUUGACGCUGGCAAACAAUCAAAUCGGUGACCUGGGAGUGAUGGCUCUGUGUGAGGUAAACAUAAAAAUGCAACACUUCUGACUCUUUGGCCUAACAACCGAAGGGAAAACAUGACAGGAGAUGUGAAAAAUAUACGCUCGAAUUCUGUCAAAAUGGAGAACCCAUAAUUAAAUUUGGAAGUAAACGCCUAAAUAAUCUGUGCUAUGUUGAUGUCAGCCAGACGUUCUACGCAAAACCUACUCAGGGACUAGAAGUAUUUUUUUUCAAAAAACAACCAAUUAGAGUAUUCGCUCUUUCAGAGCUUAUUUUCGGGAAAGAUGUCGGCACCUGAAUGGUUACAUGCGGGCCACCUAUCCUAGUAUGCAAACUGCCCUCCGGCAGGCUUAGCUGCCGUCAAAGGUAAGAAAUAUUUUUUUCUGCAUGUAUUUCCCACAAAUUCGAUACAUACUGAUGCUAACCACAGCUGCUUUUCACGGAUGGGAUUAAAACAAGUGUCUGCCUGUGGGUAGACAAGAUUUUGUUUAAGACGCAUUCUUAUUCGACGCUGACUGACAGUGAGGCCCUCUGUUCUAUACGGACUGCUGGACGGACUACCAACGGUACGUUUUGACUAUGAAAUUUACGCCCCGGGGAAGACAAUGGAGGAAGACGCGUACCGACGGGCUCCGCGCUGGAGAUCAAAGUAAAACAGGACUUUUACAUACCACCUUUCAAUCAAGAUAGAUAAAUGGACCCCACACAAAUGUGACUUUAAAUAUUUGCCACGGUGACCGACAGGGCGUGGGCCCCCGACUCAACGACCAAAGACCCACGGUUCAAGUUCCGCGUUUUCCUUGUCAAGUGCAAACGGCUUUUAAGAUAAUUCAUUGUCUCACUUAGCUAAAUAUUGUAAUACGCUCAAAAUUUACUGUCAAAUCCAUCCAGUAAGCCGCUACUUUACUUCCGCUAGAGUAUGGUAUCAUUAAAAACUUGUUGCAUGCACACUGGACAACAUAUGGAGAGAAUUGCAAACUCAGAGCUUGCGAAUAUAUAAAUCCGCCUACACUACUGGGAUAAUUUGUGCUCUUUUACUUUAAAGAUCCUGGUUUUCAGUUUAUUUGUCAACGAUAAUAGGUAAGGCCUUCGAAAACCCUAUCGAUUACAUGUCAGCCCGUUAGAUAUAACUGUACACCAACAAUGAGAAUUGUUGCUAUUAAAACAGUACUCGAUUCAUUUGAGUAGCAUUGUUUCCGAAAAUUCCCGGGGAUCGCGGUGUAUUUAGUUCAUGUUCAGCUUGUCGAGGGAAAACAGGGGACACAAAUAAUCAUCCAAACGUUUCUUGAAGAAUUGAAGAGACUUCGCGUCCACGACCGUUUGGGAGAAAUCGUUCCAUUUCUCCACAACCCUUUGUGUGAACAAUUCAGAAUAAAGAUUCAGCCUGGACAUAUUUGUGCGUAUAUUCCUCGAGCGACCACGAAGUUUGGGUGAAAGGUGCCACUGAAAAGUGUCCUCAAAGCUAAGUCCAUCAAUCAGUUCCUGAAAGGUUUGGAAAUAAAAGACGUUUCUGGUGAUUGAAGAGGCCCCAACUUCGGCACGUGAGGAAUAGUCUUACUAUAUACAAGGUGAAGGUUGCGCGCUGACCCUCUGGGUACACUACCCACCUACAGUCACACUUGUUUAACUUUAAAUGCGAACUUCCCAGACGUCAUCUGCAUACACGCAGCUUGAAGUGCAAGUUCAGCGAUGGGCAAGUUUUCGACAAAAAGCUGUUUGGGACUCCUUUUGACGAACUGUCACAACAGUCGGCCAAGUUGACUACCAACACAGAAAUUUAUUGUCAAUUGUAUAAUUUCGCUCAACGGUUCCAGUGCUUCCCCUGAACUCUAGUAGGUGUAGGAGUUCCGUCGGACAAUCUUCAAAGUAUUUCGAGUUUUUGAAGUACACGGAUAAGUACUAUGCUUCGGGUAAAAGUAAGGAUACACCAAUAUGCAUAGAAGGAUCUAGCGAGCAUAUCUGAGACCAAAGCAUGCAACUGUUGGUGAUCCGUCUCAUGAAAUGCUAGUGGACGUUUUGAGAUGCGUUUCCGAUAGGCAAAGAAUACUUAAUUGGGUUGUAAUACUAAUUAUCAGGCAGCAUAGUUCGAAGAUACUUCAGUCACGCUAGAAUACCGGCCUCCGAUUGAACUUUUUUCCAUCACCUGCAAAAAUCGCAUUCGGAAAAAUGACUACUUAAGUACUAGUGACUUUUUCCACUGUCUUCAAGACUCUUACAUUUUCAAUUACAUUGUAUAGGAAAAAAUGGUCAUACAUAUGCUUUUUUGUCCUCUUUUAAUAACAGAUCACGUCUUUUAUAUUCGAAAAUUGGGCAUAAUGAGGCUUUAAAGUUAUUCAUUUUCCAAAUGAUCUUGGCCUUGACUUGCCUUUGCAUUAGCGUUUGGAGUUUACAGUCCGAAAAGUGUAUAGUUCUGCGUGAGAAAAUCAUGUAUUCCUCAAUGUCAUAGAGACAGUGCUGUAUGGAAGUCGAAAUAUUUCGGAAUAGAUGUGAAUCAUCUUGUAUAGUUCAUGAGGAGCGUUAAUAAACAUGCAGAUACGAUGGGCAUAAAAUUCUAAUAAUGUGAACUGCUACUAAAUUAGUGCAAGAAAAAGUGGCUAAGACCACAUUUUACAUAAAAUAUUUCUGAAAUACAAAAUGCGCCUAGAGCCAAUGCGAAGAAUUCACACCACUUAAACGGCUAAUUGCACUGUGUGGUUUUUGUAAGCGGCCGAAAAGAGGCUGUUUCAAAAGCCGGCAUCCUGAUGUAACCAAAAUACCUUCGCAUUAUGCCAAAAUAUAGACAGUAGUGCUACCCCAUCUACAUAAUCCCUCGUGAUUGAAAACGCAUUUCAGAAUUUCAGUUAACAGUUAAUGAGAUCGGUCCGACAAAACCACUCCAAAAUUUCCAUUGGUCUGCUGUCAAGAAUUCAAAAACCUUAUUCAUUUUUAAUGCGGUACCAAAUGAUCAUACUUCCGUCUUCGGCCUCAAAGUGCAAAGUCUAUAAAACGUUACUCAAAAUUAUAGCCAAACAUAGUUCACAAUACUGACUUAAAAACUGUUAUACUUCAGGAGAUAAUUAACACCGUUGUCCGUGUACGUGGGACCUUUUCUCCGAAUAUCGGAACACACGAUUAUGGCUAAACUCCGACAACUAGGGGGUUUUUCAUAGGCAAAAGUGUCAGAGUUUGAAAAAGGAGCAAAUCGCCAUGCGCGCUUUCUCCAAAAUGAAACGAAAAGAAUAAUAACCUGGUCAAGAGUCAAAAAUUCCCAAAAAGAAAACGCACAAUCGGCGUGCUUAAAAAGCCAUCAUUGACAAACAAACAAUUAUUUUGACAGUUUUCGUUUAAUUUUACACAAUAAAAUAGAGGAAGUUUUCGACUCAGAACUAGUAGGACCAGCUUAUCCUGUUUAUCUUACCGUAGAAAGGCUUCCGAUCGUAUUUUUUUCUACAAAUGUCUUAUCAUGGCUUGUUAAUUUUCCCUGUUUAUCUGUUUAGUGAUUUGUAACUUUGAAUGUAUUGUAUCCAGACAAUUACCAAGUUCUUCCUAACGGACGACGAGUUGGCUUUACGACGAAUCCUUCAGGGAGAAUAUGUGAGUCAAAGCAAGCAAAUUUGUCCGAGAGGUCGCUUGUCAACAUUUUUAGCUAGGAGUUGCCAAUUUCUCUCUCUAUCUCUCGGGAGUAGCUCAGAAAAGCCACCGGUUACAACCCUGCCCUGUAUCCGUGUGCCCUCAGAAAAAACGCUAUUGCCAAACCAUAACCGGUCUGCCCAAAAGAUAAAAACCCCUGUGCUUACCAUACGUACUGGCUGCAAACUGGAUUAACUUACGGAGAAAAAUCAUACUCACCUGUGAGAAUGCUUUCGUAUCUAGGAGUCUGGAAAGGUUUGCUCUAAAUGCGAAAAAUUGAACAGCACACGCUUACAUUCCAUUUGUCCAACCUUCCUGGAGAGCAGGGUCUCCAAUUUAAUAUUUGAAGACUUUAACAGGUUGACUUAAAUUCGUAAAUCAAGACCCUAAGGGCUGCUUACUUUUCCUCUUCGAUAAAUUAGUCUGAAGAGUUAUGAUCUGAUUCGCGUGUACAUCUUUCCCAGCUCCAUAAAUUCUCUUCUACACUUUAUUCGUCUGUCGGCUCUUUUUCUCAACCGAGAAACUGAGGCUGUUGUUUUCACUCCUGCAUUGUGGCCACAAAGCUAAAAAACUAAUGUUUAGUCGUCUUCAUUCGACAUCAAAUAAAUAAAGCAGUAAUAAAGUUGCAAGCGACUCAUUAUCUUAAGAAGUACCAGUCAUAAUUACUCUCAUUCGGAUUCACGCUGACAUUCGCUAAAACGUGCGCUGUGUUUGAAAGGUUGUUUAUUGACUCUUAUUUGUGGCAUAACAAGUGUUUAUUGGUUCCGAAAGAGAUUUCAGAGACCAAGAAGUACGCUGUUUGGCUAAAUUUACUGUAAUCGGCGGGGUCGUGCAACUUCAACAGGACCUGUAUGUGUGAACUGCAUAUAGGCGUAAUGGGAGUGGGCACUUUUAAAGGAUAGUAUAUUUUCAAGGGCUAUGACAGCGUUUCCUAACUUAUGUUAACUUUGUUAAGCUUUUCACGGAAACUCAAGGCAGGGACAUCGCCGAAGGAUUCAGCCUCAUUGACCUACCACAGAAGGAUGGUUCAAAACUGGCAGCCGCAAAAAAGGUACUGUACGCAUGUCAGUUUACAAUUCAGGAAAAACUGCCUCUUCCCUUUAUUAAAUUUUUGAAGUGUAGCUCGAGCAAACUGUCAGCGCAUCACAAAUUGACCGGGCUUCAGGACUUUAGUGCACGUUUUUGUGUCAACCUGAAGACUUUUAUUAUUUCAUAAAUGAACAUGAAAAGUUACUUGACUAAAUGAACAUUUAGAGUUUUGAGAAUAAAACCAGAUAUUUUAUUGUGAAGUCAAAUUUCAUACAAACGUCCUUGCGAAACGGUGUGGGCACCGUGUUAAAUUAAAGGAAGCAUUUUGAUAUUAUGCAGCCACUCUUCAGCUUUUCUUUGAAGACCUGGGAUCGGAUUAAGCACACUUGAUUAAAAUGAUUAAAAAAUAGAAAAAUGAUGGUUUGCGUCAGAAUAAUCGUUGAAAUUAGUUGGGGGAGCGCAUGCGCGGUCAAAGUACUUUUAUAUAUUUUCUAAGCUUGCUUUGGAGAAAAACUAGAGGAAAUGAAUAUUCAUUUAGCCGAAACCAUAGCGGAGAACUUUCCAAAAAGAAAACGCACUGGAGAAGGCACAUGACAUCAUGAACAUGCCUAUCGCAUGCCUUGGCUGUAAAAGUUGGUAUUCUCAUGCAAGUAAGUUCAUUGUUUGAACAAGUCCCCAAGCAUGAUCCAAAUUCUAGUCUGCGAAAACAUAUGCCCGGGACUCAAUAAAUGAGCAAAAACUUUCAAGGUUUCGCCAACUUUGAAAAUGUUGGCAAUUAUAAACCGCAGAACUUGUAGUUUCGAGUAAGUUAUCGAAAACACCGAAAAUCGCAAAGCAUUCCUUAAUGUUUAAGGAAGGCUUUCGGACUCGAUGAGUCCCCCCAUAAGCGAAAAGUACAGUAGUUUAACGUAAGCAAAAUUCUCCUACUGCACAGGAGAUUGUGUGCUUGUGACUGCCUCUCCUGAUAAUAUUUUAACUUCUUAGUCACUGCUCGACCCCUCAGCAUGUGACACCGUGAGGACGUUUAUCGUCGCAGCAUGCGCGCCCAUGAAAUCGAACAAAAUCCCCAACACGGUCAAUAGCGUCUAAAAAAGGCAAAAGACAAUCCUAAUUACAAUUUUUAAACAUUUUGAUACAAAUAAGCCGCCUUCUGGCUGUCACCAUGCACAUUACACUAACCCUUACAGGAUAUUUAGCCGAAGAAGGGUGCAAAGUGGUUGAUUCAAAAAAUGUUCGCCCAUACUGUUUCCUUAUUUUAGCUGUUUAUAUGAACACGGAUUAUAUAGUUCAACAAUUUGAAUUUUACGUAAUUCUACAUUGAUUUCAUUAAAUUUUCGCAUUCUCGCUUAUCCUAAAACAGUUGGUGAUCACCGAGAAAUGAAGUAUUCUGCCGAACAGUUCUGUUGAGCCCGCGUUUUCCUAAAAAACAUUUUAUUAUCAGUAGUGCGUUACGGUCGAUCUAUUUAGUCGGUCUUUGAGUUAUAAGAAACUUAUUGUGAAGUUACGCAUACCUCAGAAAUUAGGUCACGGGCGACAUGGCUUUUGUCACUUUAGAUUUGAGUCAAUGUAAUCACUUUAUUCUGAAGAAUUACCUUUGCUCCCUAAACCUGGAGGUUUUAUGACGAAUCAAUCAGAAGGACGUUUAAUUGAUCUGCUGUAUAUUGGCCACUUCGGUUAAAAAAUCAUGCAUAACUUGAGCCAAUUUUUUAUAUACCACUCUCCACUUUGUCGUGCCAUUUCCCUUCUGUUUCUUCAACAGGCAGCAAGGGCGACGACAAGGUCACCAGUUGCUUCCAAAAGAGGUAAUUUUGUCCGGGCAGACAUCUUUGAUCUGAUCAAUAUUUCCGGCAAAAUAUAUACCCGCUUACUUUGUUAGAGGGAAAAUACCGACAUUCGGACGAAGAAUAGGUAAGAAAAGAAUAGUCAGUUGGGCAUUGGACUAAGGACCCCCGUAGUAGGGUAACCCUGCGCUAAAUUCCAGGGAUACCAAUUCCCAUGUCCUAACUCUAAACCCUACUCCCUUAACAUGACCUCUGCUGCUUACCUUCAUAACCCUUACCGCCUUGGCACAGGCCGCUUGUUAUACGGAUCUCCGUGCCUUAUCAAAUAAUAUUUACAUCGAAGCGAUUACCGUGGGAAAGUGGGCCUACCUUUUGCGCCCCUGCGUCCAGUCAUCCUAGAUACUGGGGCGUAAGGCGGAAGAUGAGAUUUCAGUAUGCAAAAUUUUAGUUUUAUUUGUAGAAGUAAUGAUCCAUAAAGAUGUCUGUCAGUGUUUUUACGAAUAAAGCGAAAUUCCUUCUUCCAGUGAAACCAACAGACGUUAUCUUUUGCUGAAGUCCCAUUCGUUGAUUAAAUAUCUACAUAUUUAAUGCUUUAAUGACAAGAAAGUUUCCAACUAGUUUAUUCCCGAGAAGAAUUUCAAAUAAAUGUGAUUCGGUGUGGCUGAGUCGAGGCUCAUAAUGUUGGUAGUCACUUGGAUAAACAUAAGUAAAUGGAAAACUGUUGUAAUGAACACCUUCGAGGGAAAAAAAUAAGAUCGUCCCAUUUGAGGGCUUUUGAUUUAAAAUGGUGCCCAGACACCGAACUGUCUCCUCAAUGGAUUUUGCAACCAGCUCCAGAGUCACAAUAGGCAUAAAUGUUUCAGUCAGACGCCGAAGACCUUGUCAUACUGAUAUUUUCUGGGAUUUUAGUGCCUCGCGAAAAAAACAAAAAUCUUCAACAACGAAGACCGACUCGCGAAUUCGGAAAUAUAAAGGGUCUAGGGGAGACGAUAACGCGGGAGGUGAGGAAGGCUCUGCGCAUUUUACAUCAUAAAAUAUAGACUUUGACUUCAUCCAUCUACCUCUUGGAAAUGUUGACUUCCUUAAUUUACACCUUUCUUGUAUCAUCUAAGCGGUUAUGUCAAAUGUCAUCAUUUUUUCUAGCAAAUUUUGGACAGUUUGGAGUCAAAACAUCCCUUACUGGCUGCUGGAGAAAAUAUUCCGCCCCAUGGACUACGAAUACAUGGGAACUACGAAGUUUCCAUGAUAAACUUGGCGCGUAUGUUGGACUUAUUUUAGUUAUUUUUGAUACUCCGUGAAAAUACCCGUUCGCGCAUCCUUUCGACUGUAGCUCCUAAACCUAAAAUGUCUUUUAGCAUGAUUGCUCAGCAAACGUUCUAGACAAAACACGCCAAAUAUAUGUCAGCUGGGAAAACCCCAGUCGCAUCAUUCUUCAAUUGAGAAGGCAGUUACUAGCUUGAGGGAUGGAAACAGCACGCGCUUGCUCUGUUGAAGUUGGUGACAAUGUAUUUCGCAGAUUAAGAGAUAAAGAUAAAAGUCCGCGAUUCAAAAACCUAAAAAACCUGUUAUUCGGUGAUUUCGCCUCGGGAUAACAAUUUCAACUCAAACAAACGGAGUGCAUGCAGUAGAUGUGCUAUCCCAUGAAAUGUUAACCGAAAUCCCGAAAUGUACUUUUGGCCAGAAGAGAUUAGUUAGAUAGGGUUGUAAUAUUAAUUAUCAUGCGGCAUCAUCCUAAGACAUUUCAGCCACACCAGAAUGCCGGCCGCCUGCCAUGACCACUUUCUGUAAAAUGGCUACUAAAGCAGUACGAAAUUCAUCCACUGACUUUCUAUGCUCUUGUAAAUUCCAUUAUAUUUCAAAGAUAACGUGCACAAACGUAUUCUCUCUUGUGCUUCUUUGGUAGUAAGUUGUGUAUUCUUUAAAUUUUCUACUUGAAAAGAGAACAUCCUUCGGUUUCCAAAAACAUUUUCAAUUUAUGAAUGAUACUUUACCUCACCUGCCGUUAUAGUUGUGUUCAGGGGUUCAAAAUGAAUGCUGUGUGCAUUCCGUCAAAGAUAUAUCAUAUAUUUUCCUAUGUUGAUAGAAAGAAACUAUAUAGGACUCGCAAAUGGAUAUGGGCCAGAUUGUAUACUAUAUAAGCAUCAAUAAUAAACGUGCUGAUGCCAUGCUGUGCGGAUGGCAAUUUCACAGUCUUAAAAAAUCGAAUUAAAAACUUUUUUCUAAAACCGAGAGAUAGACUUUACUUAGAUAUAAAAUUUAAAGGAGACUCAAGUUGCUACCGAAUAAGCAAAAGGAAGUUCACUCUCCUGCAUGCUUUCUAUAAAAUAUAACUGAAUUUAUGACGACACAGAAACUCAGUGAAGUUUCAUACUACUUAAAUCAUCCUUUGUACAGGGUACAGUUUUUUUCAGACGGCCAUAAAAUGAGCUCAUCCAUUAGCUGACAUCCUAUUGUGAUUGAAAUAUCUUAGGUGCGUGAUAAUUAAUAUCACAAGCCUAGUUAAGUAAUCUUUCCGAAUCUAAAACGCAAAUCAAAAUUUCUGUUUAAGAGUUCAUGAGAUAGCACAACUACUAAAGCCGAAAGCACAUGAGGAACGUUGGGCGGAAUCCUUCACAUUUGUGUCAGACAGCUAGCUAGCAUACACCAUGGCAACUCCUAGACCCAUUUCUUUCGUCGACCGUAAAAGCCGUAAGCGUUGCACGUGUCCCGGGAUUCCAUUGACACGAUUGAUGAGACUGGCGGGGAGGGGUGUGGCAAGGGGCGCUUGAAAGCGGCAACCAGUAUAGCAGUUUUGGAGCAGUUCGAUAAGGUGGUAUACGCGGAAAUGCUUUGUAUCUUUGAGACAGUUUCGCUCACUGUUUAAUCAGAGCAAACGCUUUGACUAAGUGCGACCCGACUAAAAAUAAUCUCCGCCCAGACACACGGUUGAUGCCCUUUGUCAAACAGUUGGCGUAAGACUUUGAUCCGUGAGAGCGUAGGUGUUACAUUCAGUCCAUGAUCGGACAUGAUAGACAUCCUUGAUAAAGGAUGACUCUAACUUUCUAGUUAUUGUCAAUGAGCACGAACUUUACAAUGCCAAUAGAAACGAAGAGACGAGUCCCAGGAAGCAGUCUUGAAGAAAAAGAAGACACGAUCGCCACGACAAGAGCUUUAUUAGCCUGACGUUUCGGAUUCUUGCUCGAAUCCAUCAUCAGAGACAUAAGCAGAUAAGGGUGGUUCAUGCACAUGCGGCUGCAGUAUUUAUAGGAUGCAGUAGCCAUGCUACCGCAUACCUAUGAAUAUUCACAGCUCCCUCCCCUUUAUCAGGGAUCGUUGCACGUGGCGUGAUGGCCGACAUUCGCGUCGUUAAUUGCUGCAAUUUCAUCACGUGCGUUGGAUGUUGGUGUGAUGAUUGCUCGACCAUCUGACGCGCUGACCCGGGUGUUGGGAAGAGUGUUCACCAGUGCGCCCCCCGCGUGGCCAAUUACUCCGUCCAGACGAAGUCUCAGCACGGUGUAUUGAAUGGGAAAAUCAUUGCACUUGUUAAUAGACUGGGGGCCAGUAAACCAUGACUCAAGCAGCUCCCGCAUCACGCGGUUGUCACCUCUUGCGAGAAUUUCGGCCUCGUCAAAUUUGAAUGUGUGGCCGGAACCCUUCGAAUGAGCCGCAACUUGAGAGCUGGCGUAAUUUCUCCGCACCGCUGCAGCGUGUUCGGCCAUUCGCGUUUGGAGUUGUCUUCCGGUUUCUCCGACGUAGUUGCUUUGUCCGCAACUGCACCAGAUGCGAUAAACGACUCCAGACGUUUCUAGCCGUGGCAGCGGGUCUUUCGGUUUCAUUACCAGACGCCUGAUGGUUCCCUCCAGUCUGUGUGCAACUCCAACCCAAGUGAUUCAAGAAGGCAGUCGACAGCUUCCGAAACGUUCUUGGCAUAUGUAAGCGCUCGCCAAACCUUGGUGUCCGUGCGGUUAGGCACUUCGUCCCAUUUGCGUACGCAUCGGUUGACAAAGCUGCGCGGGUAGCCACUGGUUUUGAAGACCCGUCGGAGAUAUUGUAGUUCUGCAAUCUUGUCUUCCGACUCACUGCAGUGCGUUUCGACACUGUUGGCCGCCUUCUCGCACCAUAUUCGAGUAGGAAUCCAAAACGGCAGGCUAAUAAAGCUCUUGUCCCCGCGAUCGUGUCUUCUUCUUCUUCUUCUUCUUCUUCUUCUUCUUCAAGAAUUUUACAAUCUCCUGAAAUAUUGAUCAAAACUGUGAAAUACGUAUUCAAUUAGGAAGAACUACUUCAGUGUGAAAGUAAUACUGACUAUCUUUUGGCAUACUCAAGUAAUAUUUUAGGCAUGCCAGGAUUUUGGCUUUUGAAUUCUUUUCUUUUUGCCCGUCGAUAACAAUCGCAGUCGGCCAAAAUGGCAACUUAUCUAGUAUGCAUUUUCCUAUAACCACUUUUGAUGACCUUAUAAAUUCAAAAAAAUAUUGCUAAAAUGCAUGCAUAAAAAUAUUCUUUCUUAUGCUCGAAGAAAGGGUAAUUUUUAGUCUUAAACAGACUCCUCCGUUUCAGAAUGAUUUUGAGCUCGAUCUGUCAUUUCAUUUGCGCUUAGGGUUUUUAGUCUACUAACUGUAUGCUGCCCACGUAACGAAGAACAUUCAUUUUUCAUAUCUGUCAAGUAGGUGCCAUAUAGGGUUCAUAAAAUCUUGCAACGGAGGUGGACUAUGUUGUUUACCUUACGAGGAGGGUUAUUGGACACACAGAUUCAAUGCUAUUUGGACGAACAUCGCACAAUCCUAAAAAUCUCAUAAUAAGAGACUUUUUAAAAACUGAAAUAUGUCACUUCUCCGAGUAUGAGAUUUGGGAAAAGACGCGGUCUACUACCAAAUAAGUACAAGAGAUGAUAUUUUAUGCAUUUUCCCUGCAAAAUAUAUCUGGAUUUACAAGGGCAUCUAAAUACAAUAGUAAAGACGUCUACUACUUAAUUAGUCGUCUUUUACCGGGUACAGUAAUUGCAGACGGCCGAAAAGAAGGGCAUCUAAAAGCCAGAAUCAUGGUGUGUCUGAAAUAUUUGCGGCACCCUGCCGCACGAUAAUCGGUAUUACAACCCCACUUAGGUUAUCCUUCCUACUCAAAUGGGCAGUUAACAAUUUCAUUCAACAUUUAACGAGAUCGGUCACUGACAGUAUGUCCAUCUCUGAUUUCACCGCGUCUAGUUAUUUUCUUUGCCAAUGAAUGCCAAGGACACCGUAUCCACAACGGUCGACUUGAUCGACUGUGAAAGUGAGUUUGCUUCCAACAUCCUAGGUGAAACUAUUGGCCAUUUUUUUCAGAAUUUAAAUCUUAGUUGAGUGGUAGACACAAGAUGCAGUGUGCCGCUAAACGAGUCAAUAAAUACUCGACCUUGCCGAAGUGACAUUAUAAAGACUUGAGUAUCAAAGGUGUUAAACGGCAGUCUAGAGAGUUUGUGCCCACAUAGGCAACCCUGGAAAUCUUUGUGAUAUUAUCGGCUGAAGCUUCAAAGGUUAAAGUACCUAAUUUAUAUUUGUUAUUUUGAUAAGUGAGCCCGUUUUUGAGUGCUUCACUCAUAAACUUUCUUCACUCUGAGAAUUUGUACUGUAAUGAUUCCUAAACCGUUUUUAUUUCCAGACAAUAAGAUAACUGUUGAAGGACUCAAACGUCUGACGGAUAUGCUUCAGAUCCAAAUGGAGCGGCGUAGUACAACACGUGGUGAAACACUGACCGGGAUAACUCGAUUGGUUCUUUCGGUGAGUCUUAAAACGCUCCCAAGAUCUUUCGGCACCCGACUCUUGUUGCCACGCCCUCUCUCGCGCUUACUGUAAAUGAACCCAUCAUCAGAGACAGAGGCAGAAAAGGGUGACUCGUCCACAGGAAGUUGCAGUAUUUACAGGAUGCAGUCGCCAUGCUACUGUAUACCUAUAGCUAUUAACCACACUCCCCUUCAUCAAGGAUCGUUGCCCGCUGGUGCGCUAAUUGUUUGAUGGCCGACAUGCAAGUUGUUAAUUGUUGAAAUCUCAUCAGCCGCGUUGGAUGCUGGCGUGAUGACUGCUCGGUCACCUGGCUCACCGGCUUGCGCGCUCCCCGAGUGGUCAAUUACGUCAGCGAAUAAAACCCUUGUUCCAGCGAUCGCUUCUUACUGGCGAACGUCAGUCUACAGAAGACCGAUGAACACACUGCAAAUGCUCAGUUUCAACAACAACCACCGGCUACAACACAAACGAAGCUGUGUCCGCACGCUUUAUCGACGGGUGAAAACUGACUGCAGCACGCCAGCCGCCAAACUGGACGAGAUAAAUUUCCUCCAAGAACUCUUCAGAGCCAACGGCUGUCAGCGAGCAGUCGUUGAGCGGAGCCGAAUGCAACCAAGGAGACGAAAUGAAGAACACAACCAGCCAAAAUCGUGGCGGAGCAUUCAAUACAUGAAAGGGGUCUCAGAAGCCGUGGCUGGAUCCCUCGCGCAGCUAGGAAUAGGUGUUGCACAUAGGCCCGACUCAACAAUCCGCCGGCAAAUGAUGCGACCAAAAGAUCCGAUACUUAAUUAGGGGAUGUCGGCUGUUGUCUACCGACCUCAAUGCAGCUGCGGGAAGUGCAACUACGUUGGGGAAACCGGCCGACGGCUGCAAACGCGAGUGCACGAGCUUAAGUUGGUCGUGCGAAAGGUUGGACACAUAGUGGGAGGUAGCAACUCAUGCCGCGCAAAUGGGAAACAUCUUCAACUUUGAGGCCGUUGAGAUUGUUUGCUGGGGCGAUGAUCAUACAACAAGGCAGGUUCAAGAGGCCUGGAUGUCCACCGAUUGCUCUGUCAACCGCCACAUCAAUUUGCCUUCUUCUCCCCUAGCUGACUUUAUGAACCUUCUUAACAGGGGACAAUCGUGGCGCGAGACACUCAGGGUCGUCAAUUAUCUCCGUGACCAACGAGAGCAAGAGCGAUUUAAGUCACGGGGACAUGCGGGUCGGACGCAGCCACAUAGGCGCCUUUGGCGGGCUACGCAUCGAAGUACGCCAUAUAAGGAUAGCUGCGCGCAUGACUUCCCAGUCUCUGAAGAUGGGUAGACGAAACAACUACUCGAAGCGUCAGAUCUUUGAUAAACCUCUCCCGGUGAACGCCUCCUUCUCUUUUGAUAGUUGGAGGCGUUUAGCUGGGUUACAACGCCCGUCUGGGUGUGCCACCACACGGCCGACUUAUUUUUACCGACAAAUUCAGACCUCGAGCGCAUAGCUUCGUCAUGUAGAGGGCACCCUGCCGUUAUACAUUCACCCUGUUUAGUCUACAGGUUGAAGUGAUUUCUGGCAUCUGGCCGCAACGACAAGCACAGUUUAGUGGAAUUGCAAAUGAAAAAUGCCUGUCGGUUAGGUGACGAGCAGGAAAAUUGCUGCUUGCAUGCAAGCCCAUGGAGCAGCUGUCGCUCCUACCAGGCGCAACUUCUGUUGGAAAGAAUGCACCCAAAAUGACAGAAGAUGACCUAUUCUCCCCAGUAGAUACUUGGCAUCCAAAAAAUUUGUCAUUGAGUUAAAUGACAAAAAUGCGCUUUUUAGGAACUUUCUGUUAAAUACAACGAAGCAUUAGGAUAGAAACUAUUUAUAGUUUCUUCUAGACGUUUGACUUGCCAGACUAAACGCCAACUUCAACAGGCUGAAGCUAUUAAUAUCAAAAAUAGCCCAAUACCUAUUUUAAAGCCUUUUAUUAUUUAGGGAAUAGAGACUAGUACUUAACUAUAUUUUGCUUUACAAUUCAUCUGCUCGACGUCGGAGCCGUUGAAGUCAAACUUAACAAAAUAAGAAAUGGACGUGUUAGGUGAUAUACAGUGCUUUCUCCAAAACAAGCUUAGACUAAUCUAGAGCUUAAGCCCACAUGAGUAAACAAGGGAUUCCUGUUUCAGGGCAAUAAUUUUGACGAAAGCGUUGAAGAGGCGGAACAACUGCGUCAUCUGCUCAGAGAAAGGACAGAGGAUCUCUGGUCAACGGACGUGUCGGAGACCGCGUCUGCGAAUGACUGA